ACAUUUCUUUUUAGAAAUCAUUUAACCACAGACUUAACCACAGACUGAGCGAUGGCUAGGAAAUCAAAAAUGACAAAAUCAGAAGAGAAGGUAAAAUAUCCGGUGAAACACAUCAAAAUCACCACUUGUGGCCAAUUGUAUCAAACAUGGAAAGCAAGCAAACCGUUGUACGAAAGGGCGCCCAAAAACGGGUUGACUCUCGAUGUGGAAUAUGCGGACAAUUUAUCGCUCAUUAACACCGAUAACGAGUCACAUAAUACCAAACUCAUGGUCUGUCUUCACGGCGCUCCGGGAUCUCACUCCGACUUUGAAGCCGUUAUCCAACACAUGACUCGCGUCGGAAUCCGAGUGAUUGCCCCCAACUUUCCAGCCCAUUCCAGUGCUAUAUACCCGACAACUCUGCUCUGGUGUGACCCAAACUGUCCACAAAUCGAUUCGUUUGUAUUCCUAAACCCUGGCGGACACCGAAGGAUUAAAGCCAUGCGACCGGUUUGGUAUACGGAGGGCGGUGUCAAAGUGUACCAAAACAAAUGGGGCAGAACUCUGUUCCAGAUCUUCGGCACCGCUUUCCUCAACUUAACCAAAACAGUCACCGUUAAGGCCGAUAACAUGAAU